GUGUGUAAUUACUACACACGAAAACGUACCUAUAUAUAAAGAUGGCGUGUCGGUGUAUUGACGACAAGCAAAAUAGUUUUCUUUAUAUCUAUGAACGACUGACAUCAGAGAAUCAGUCAAAAUGUUUUCGGGUCCGCUAUGGGUCGUAUUGGCAACGUUGGUCGUGUACAGUCAGGCGACGAGAACGGUCGAGAACAAGAAAAAAGAAUUAUUUAAUUAUGUUAUAGAUUUCGAUAAUGCGACUUACAACAAUGACAACUCAUUGAAAACGGUAGCUGCUGCGCGUCCUAAUAGUAUUACAAACAACACGACUGCGGGACUUGAACAAAUGAUUAAACUACAAGUCAGUCAAACACAUACCAAAGAAAAAGGCAUGAUUUUAAGCUAUAUAAACACAAUAGUUUCGAAAGUUGUCAAGAAGAUAACCGAUUUCUUGAGUUUAUACUUGAGCACUGAUUGUGAAUCGUUGGACCCGAAGAAUCGUGCCGACAACGAAGUCUGCCUGUGCAGAAACUCUACGGUUUUAUAUUACAUCAAUCGAACCGUAUGUUUUAUAAUAAAAGUAAACGUUACUGACAUCUCACGGGGAAAACUCUAAGACAUAGUAUGCCCAUAUGGCAAUAGUGUUACCUAUACAUAAUUAUUAUUCAAUCUCGAAAUCAUAAAUCAAAUCAAAUAAAUCAUAUCUCGAACACUGCACUCAGACAACCCCGACAACCGUAAUAUUAUAUUAUAUAUUAUUAGAUUCAAACAAAACUCUCAGAGUCGAUAGCUCUCACGAUGAAAUGCACGCUACAGUUUCAAAAUCUGACUUUCUGAUAUUUUUUAUCACCUAUACAUCACACCGACGACGAGGACGACGACAACCACCUAUAUACCUACUCAAUCUAAUCUGAUGUGUUCGAAGAGCGUAGAUUUACUAUUAAACUGUUUUAACAUAAUAA